GAUGUUUUAGGUCUAUUAGGCUUAAUUUGAUCCAUCUUAAUCUGAUGAUUGAAGAUUUUACUCCUAAUUGGUUAUAUUUGUGUGAAUGCUAUUUGUAUUUGUUCUAGCUAAUUUGGCUUAGCGUUGUUAUUUCUUUGUUUGUUUAAUUGUCGUAUGUUUCAGUGAUUUUUACGUCAUGAAAGGAAUUGUUGGAGCUUUUACGUAAACUAGAAAUAAGAUCAUACAAGUGUGUAUGAGUAAAAUUAAUAUUCAUCUUAUAAGUCGUUUUUGUAAGGUUGAGUGAGGUCAUAACCCAUUCUUAAGAUGAUAUGAAAGUCUAUCUUAGCGAUUAUUGAUUAUUAUUGAAUUUAUUGUAUCAUCUACUAUCGAACAGAUAUCUAGUCUUUUAAAUUUCACAUUCAUGAUUGUUUAGUCAAGAUUAACUCCUCACACCUUUCAUGCUCUGAGUUGAUAUGUGUAUUAGGAUUAACACUUUAAUCCGUUAUAUUUUAUCUAAUUAGUUUAGUCAAAUAUCUUUUGGUUAUCUUCUUAACCGUUUUCUGUUUUCAAGCUAACUCUAGCUUUUGUAUUUAAACAAUAAGGAUUGUACAUUGUUAGUAGGUUGAUCAAUAAUAAUCUGAAGUUUUCCCUUUCAUGUUUUCUGCUGAUAUGCUAACAAUGUGUGUGUGCAUUUCACAUGUGUCUGAAAGUUUCUCUAUUAGACCUAAAUACCUGUGAUGUUGAUAGUGUUGAGAAUGGAUUUCUUGACCCAGGAGAUCAUCAUGCUUAGCCCUGAGGGUGAACUUAAAAUAAGUUUUGGCUAUCAAUGCAAUAGUGAUAGAGGCGUACCUUGCAAUGAAAUCCACAGAACAAGCAGUUUCUCCUGCUUGUCCGGGGCUGCCUUAAGUGCAAAUGCUACACUUGCCAACACAAACAUCUGCAAUGGAGUAAUAGGAGAAGAAAUCCUUCCGAGUUUGGACUCUCCUAAAUCAUUUCGUAAGGUACCCUCCUCGUCGAGUUUUCCAAAGUUGGACAUAUUAUCGUCUUCUGUCCAUAGUAGUUUGUCAAACCUAAGUUGCAGUCCAUCCACUCCAAGUAAUAUGCUUGAAUAUGACCCUUGUUCAUUAAAAUCCAUGAGUGCUCCUUCUAGAAGUGAAGGUUUUCUCAAUGCCAUGGAAGUUCAGGUUGCUGGAGGAGCUGCUGGUGAAGAUAGAGUUCAAGCAGUUUGUUCUGAAGAAAAAGGCUGGCUCUUCUGUGCAAUUUAUGAUGGAUUUAAUGGGAGAGAUGCAGCUGACUUUCUGGCUGGUACCCUUUACGACACUAUCAUAAAUAUGUUAUGCUGGGAUUUGGAACCAGAUUCCAUAAAAGUUUCUGACGAUGUGGAUAUGGGUGGAUCCUUUCAAUAUAAUUUGGAUGAUAGUCUUAUUCUUCAGGAGCAUCAAUCUCUGUUAACAUUUAAGGGAAACAAUUCUAUUCUUGACUGUUUUGCAAACAGUACUCCACCUUCCAAGUCAGAAGCAUCUCCUAAAUCAUUUUCACAAACAGUACUUGAUGGCCUCCAGCAUGUUCUUAGUCAGGUUGAGAAUGAUUUCCUGUACAUGGUUGAGCAAGAAAUGGAGGAACGGCCAGAUUUAGUUUCAGUUGGAUCUUGUGUUUUACUUGUGCUUAUUCAUGGGAAUCAUCUAUAUACACUUAAUCUAGGCGACAGCAGAGCAGUAUUGGCAACAUGCAGCACAGAUAACAGAAUGAGUGGGAAUGAGAGAUUGAAGCCUAUCCAGCUCACAGAUAGUCAUACUGUUGACAAUGAAGCUGAAAGAGCUCGAAUUCUCGCUGAUCAUCCUGAUGAUCCUAAAACCGUAGUAGCCGGGAAAGUGAAGGGAAAACUAAAGGUUACACGAGCUUUAGGAGCAGGCUACUUGAAAAAGAAAAAUCUUAAUGAUGCAUUGAUAGGAAUCCUUCGAGUACGUGAUCUUACAAGCCCACCAUAUAUAUCAACUGAUCCAUCGCUGAAUGUGCACAAAAUCUCAGAUUCUGAUCAAUUUGUUAUAGUUGGGAGUGAUGGUUUAUUUGACUUCUUCAGCAAUGAUGAAGCAGUAAAGCUUGUAGAGUCUUAUAUCUUGAGAAAUCCUUUUGGCGAUCCAGCAAAAUUUCUUAUUGAGCAACUAGUUGCAAGAGCAGCUGAUUCUGCAGGUUUCAGCAUGGAAGAGUUGAUGAAUGUUCCAGAUGGGAGGAGGAGGAAGUACCAUGAUGACGUAACUGUAAUUGUGAUCAUCCUUGGUAUGCAUCAACGGACUUCAAAAGCAUCAAUUUGCAUCUAGAGACUGGCCAAAGAAAAUUUGCAUCUGAAGCUUUUUGAUGGACACCUUAGUCAAUGGUAUUUCUCAGGAAAUUUUGAUACUCAAACUGUACAUAAGACCAUUAGAACUUAGAAUCAUUGGUUCCUUUGGUAUUUAAAAAAUUUUCAGUAGUAUUUCUAUCUGUUGGAACAUGAAUUGUAUAAAUGUUUUCCUUGUACAUAAUAUCAAUGAAUUUAGCUAUUAUUUUGAAAAAUGUAGAUAAAGAUGUAUAAGUAAAAGAUUAUUAUGAGUUUAUUUGCUUUAUAUUUG